CAAAACGCUCGAACCCAUUAUCCAUUAUUUUCUAUUUCUCGAUCAUAUGACAUCAUAAACUCGACUUUUUUUUUGAUGAAAAACUUAAGCUCAUAUUUUGAAAACGGCACGGUAAAAGCAUUCAGAUUCACCACCAAAGACGUGUCGCACUCCCAUUUCGAUCCGCCACUAAAUAUGCUACUAACCUAACCUAACCUGAAAAAAGUUGAAACCAACAAGAGAUCUAUAAUAUAUGCCUCAUAUCAAUAUUACAUAAUAUUAUAUUCCACAGAAAAUAUCGAAAUUCUCCUGCUGAAAGCUCUCAAACUUGACAAGAAUGCUCUAUAUCCUUCUCUUGUUGCCUUAGAAAAGAGUUUGAAAUUUUCAUCUAAUGUGGAAGGAUGCAACGAGAGAGACAGGGCAGUGAACAGAAAAUACAAAAAUACCUGAAAAAGUAGGGUCACAUUGAUUUUCUUUAGGCUACGAUUAGUUCCGACACCUUCAAGGUAUACAAAAAAUACUGUUCAUUCCAAACUUCUAGGUUUCCGACCCUCUCUGAAAUUUCGAUUAUUUCAUCAGAAGUAACUAUUGGGAGUGACUGACAACAGGAGAAUUUCAGUUGUCUUUUCAAUCUCAUAGUCUCUGAACAAAUCAAUAAUUUUUAUAUUAAUGUGAAACGUGGGCAUGUAUGUAUGUACCUAUCUUUUAUAACAUUCUGGACUACAAGGUGAUGAACACAGUGAAAAUAAGUUCAAAAAGAAACAACUAAUACAAAUCAGCAAACGUGCUGAUGAACAACAAUUAUUAUCGUAUAACAAUAUUUUUAAACGACAGUUUUUAUGUAACUCUCAAGUACAGAUGAACACAUUAAGAAUGAAUAUUCUAUAAUACAAUAAUACACUGAUUCGCGGAAAAUACUAAUUUCAGAUGCUUCAAAAUAUGUCCCUACCUCUGCAGGUCCUCCCCAUAUAUAACUUCAGAUGCUUUCACUAAGUUUUUACUGCCGCUAUGAAAAGAUAAAUUACCUCAGUUGUGUCGCGCUUAGAAUUUUGUCAUUUUCAAAAAUGUGUACUGUGCUGAUUUUCGUUUUUAUUGCUGCAGCUAGUUGCGAAUUCGUCAAAAAUGAAACUUUCGAAACUCCCGAAUAUAUACUGCCUUGUCACAAAGCGGACCCGAACAUUAACAAGUGUCUAGCCAAAACAUUCAACCACCUCCGGCCCUACUUGAAAGAGGGGAUAAAAGAGUUAGACGUCCCGAGCAUUGAUCCACUCAUUAUUGAAAAUCUGCUCAUGGAAAAUGGACGAGGAGCUUUUCGAAUCAAAGCUGCUUUUUACAACAUUUCCACGAAUGGAGCAAGCAAUUACAGCGUGGGAAGCAUCAAAACCGAUCUCGACAACUACAUUAUCGAAUUAGGUGUCAUUUUACCAAGGCUCGAAGUAAAAGGAAAAUAUGAUGUCAAUGGAAAUGUUCUAUUAUUCCCAGUAAAAACACGAGGUGAUUUCUGGGCUGUUUUUUUGGAUGUUCAAGGAGCAGCCAAAAUUUUUGGCAAAGAAUUUCAGAACAAUGAAAAUGUGAGAUUCAUGAAAGUUGACAAAAUAAUGAUAGAUUUUCGACUGAAAAAAAGUCGUUUCCGAAUAAAAGAUGUAGUGAAUCAUGGAAAUGUGAUAGGAGAGGCCAUGAAUCAAUUCCUGAAUAACAAUGCCAAUGAAUUGAUCAGCGAGAUGAAACCUGCAGCAAACGCAGCGAUUGCGAAGCAUUUUAAGGGGUUCCUGAAUGGCGCUUUCACCAAAUUACCACUAAAAGUAUGGCUACCUGAUGCGUGAUUCCUGAAAAUUCAAAUUUGUAGAAAAAUUCACGAUUAUCUAGGCACGGGUAUGAAUUAUGAUGACGAUGAGUAGGUAGCUUGGUCGUACAAGUUACAAGAACAAAAAAUAUUGUUUUUGCAGAUAGCACGAUUUAUUGGGAUAAUACGAGUAUAAAUCACGAAAUUUCUCUGGUAAAAUUAUUGAUUUCGUAAUCAAUCAUGAUCUGAUUCUAAGACUAUAGGAAAUAAAACGAGUAUGAAUAUUACUUUACACAAACAUAAUAUUUUUAGUGUAUAUUGUAUCGUAUUCGAGGAUGUAUGAUAUAUAUAGUUAUAGACAUCAAUCAAAAACCGUACCUCAUAUAUAAUUCACCUCAAUUCUAUAUUGUAUUCAUCAAGAAAUCAAACUGGCGAUGAACUUAUAAUGUCUUCGAAACGUACGUAUAUGCCACCAUAUCAGCCGGAUUUGAAUUCCGAUUGAUAUACGUAUACCCUAAAUACAGGGUGUCCGGAAAGGUGGAUGUCGUAAAUGAAAGGGCUGAUAGAGUGAGCCAAAAUAAUGUUACUACUUCAUAGAAGAGAAUUUCUAUCGCGCUUCGUUACGGAGUUAUUGACUUAGUUAGGAUGAAAACAUGAUUUUUAUGUAGUCGCGGUAGUCAAGGUCACAUCAUAUGACGUUGCGAUGACAUGAGAACUACGAGAAAACAGUCCUAACUCCUGGCUUAGAUUG